CGCUUCAUCAUGUGACUGGUUCUGGUAUAAACGAUGGCGUCCAGGCUAAACAAGACGUCUGCGGUUGGAGGUUUCUCAAAGGUUUUAAAUGUUUUAGCAGUUUUAUCCGGUUUGUGUUUAUUGUUUGCGUCCGUCGGAGCUGAAAUACGAACCGCUGUUAUUGACAAACAAACCGGACAGCUGUCGGUCGUCGACGGAUACCGAGAAGGUUUUGUGGCUUGGGCGAACUUCACUGAUGACAUUAAAACAUCAGGCUGGUCUUUCUUGGAGGUCACUACCAGCAGUCAGUACAAUGACAGUAUCCAGGCUUAUGCUGCCGGUGCAGUGGAGGCUGCACUCACAUCUCAGCUCAUCUAUAAGCACUGGAUGAACACUCUAAUGGGUUACUGCGGGCCCUUCACGUCUCAGUCUGUUUACUGCGAGCACCUUAAGGCUUUCAUCACAACCAACAUGCAGUGGAUUCAGGAGCAAAUAGAGAAGCAGCCAAGUUCACCCUACUGGUACCAGGUGCGUCUGGCACUGCUGCAGCUGAAAGGUCUGGAGGACAGCUACAACGACGAGCUGUCAUUUCCAGUAGGGCCGUUCUCCUUCAACCCAUUUGGUUUCCUACUUUUCCAGCUGGGCGGGGAUCUGGAGGACUUGGAAUCGGCUCUGAACAAAUCCAGCCAAACUCGUCCUCUUGGGUCCGGCUCCUGUUCUGCUCUCAUUAAGCUGCUGCCAAACAACAAGGAACUGCUGGUCUCACAUGACACCUGGAACGUCUACCAGGCCAUGCUGCGCAUCAUGAAGAAAUACAUCUUUGCCUUUAGAGCUUCUCCUUUAGGCAGUGAUCUUCUUCCUGGAGGAACUCAGGCGUUCUCAUCGUAUCCUGGAGCGAUCUUCUCUGGAGAUGACUUUUAUAUCCUGAGUAGCGGCCUGGUUACCUUGGAAACCACCAUUGGCAACAGUAACCCUGCUCUGUGGAAGUUCGUUCAGCCCACAGGAACUGUCAUGGAAUGGCUGAGGAACAUUGUGGCUAAUCGACUGGCUGCUACUGGCAAACAGUGGGCUGAGAUAUUCAGCAAGUACAACAGUGGAACGUACAAUAACCAGUGGAUGAUUGUGAACUAUAACCACUUCACUCCGGGAAAGACUGACAUUAAAGAGGAGCUCUUUGUUGUUCUGGAGCAGAUUCCGGGACUCGUUGUUUACACUGAUAAAACUCAGGAACUGCUGGAGAAAGGCUACUGGGCAAGUUACAACAUACCGUACUACGUGGAGAUAUUCAAUGCCAGUGGCUGCAAUGAGCUGGUUGAGAAGUUUGGCCCGUGGUUCUCUCUGGACCAGAAUCCUCGAGCUCAAAUAUUCAGGAGAAACCAGACAGCUGUUAAAGAUGUGGACUCAAUGGUCCGCCUAAUGAGGUAUAAUAACUUUAAAGAAGACCCGUUGUCAAAGUGCGAAGGCUGCGAUCCACCUGCAAAUGGAGAGAACGCCAUCUCUGCCCGUUCAGACCUGAACCCAGCUAAUGGAACAUAUCCGUUUGGCGCCUUAAAGCAGAGACCACAUGGAGGAACAGACAUGAAGUUGACCUCGUACGGGAUGUUUCGUGACUACGGUAUGAUAGCCGUGAACGGGCCAACAUGGGACCAGGUGCCACCCUUCCAGUGGAGCACUUCCCCCUACAAAGACCUGCUGCACAUGGGUCACCCUGACACUUGGACAUUCAAGCCUGUAAAAGUCACCUGGACUCCUUAAUUGCUAUCAUACUGUAUACAAGUGGCAUUAUAAAUGGAAAUACUGCCAACUGUGCUGUGUGAAGUUUUGACAAAGGGAAAUGGUACUUUAAUUCAGUGUGACAUGUCUUAAUGAACACAAUAGUCGUGUUAUUGAUUCUCAGGAGAGUGGCAAUAAUAUUCUGGAGGCCUGCAGUGUUGCAUUAUUUGCAUAAUUAAAGCACAGAAAAUUAAAGAGAGCUUUGAAUGUGAGACAGGAUAACCAAGAACAACAACUCUGCUGUUGUAAAUUGGGAGCUUCUACAUUAGAUUAUGUUUUAUUUUAAUUUUCAUGUUUUGUUUAUCGUUCUUAUACUAAAUGUGUGAAAAUGUCAAUUCCACUAAUUCUGAUGGUUUAUUGAGUUAUUGGAGUUGUUGGACUUCACCUUUCUUUAUAGAAAUCACCAAGUACAAUUAUUGAUACAGAUACAGAUGCAAAUGUUCUGUUACGGUUAAGACAAAUGUGUUGAUCAUGAGUUGUGUUGAAUGUUGAAUAUUUUCUAAAUAAAAAGCGCCCUGAUUGUUGCCUUUUUUUAAAUAUAA